GAGGAGGAGGAUGGGGAGGAGGUGGGCGCGGCUGCAGACUCUGGGGGCGCAAGCAGCAAAGAGGAGGGUGAGCAGCAGCAGCAUCAGCCCCGCUCUGGGCGCCGCCACGCGCCCACCACCGGCGACAGCCAGGACGCGGCCGCGAAACCCACGAAGGGGCGCGCGCGCGGCGGCGGCGCUGGCAAGGCGGCGCCGGCGGCGGCCGCGCCCAAGAGCAGGGGCGCCGCGGUGGCGCGGGGGCGCACGGCGGCCGCGGCUGCGGUGAAGAGGGACGGGCCCGAAACGGACAGCGCCGCGCCGUCAGACCAGCAGGCGUCGCCUGUUGGCCGCGGGCCUCGCCCCAAGCCAACACGCGGGCAGCCUUCUGCGGCAGCUGCCAAGCCCGCAGAGCUUUUGGCGCUCGAGCGGCAGCGGCCGCGCAGGGCGGCCGCGAGGCGGUAG